AUGAAGACAAAGCAAAGCACGAUCCCACUCAGGCUCGCCCUGACCGCCCGAUCUUCGCGAACACCCCCACCCGGCCGCCGCAGGAGCCACACAGCCCUCCUGCUGGCGGCUCGCCUGGCACCCGUCCCCUCACAGUGGGUCGCACUGUCACACCAACAGAAGGUCACACAACCUCACGCCGUCUCACAGGACCACACACACGGCUGCACACUCACCGUCACUGUCAUGGUCACAGACGCUCGCACAGGCACACACAGGCGCACGCACGUUGUGACAUGGUCUCCCACGGUCACAGGCCCCCUCGCACGCCCGCUCCAGCCCCGCAGGCCCGCUGGCGCGCGCGCCCAUCCCCGACAUCCUCACCGCCUCCUCCCCGAGGGUCGGCACCUCCCUGCGCGCCGUCGGCCGCCGGGAGCCCAGCGGCCCGCGGGCCGGGGCGGGGCCUCGCUCGCGGCCGGACCGCCGGGCUCACAAAGGGGCCGCGGCGCGCGGGCGGGCAGCGGGGCCCGCCGUGGGGGCCGCCGGGAAAUGGAGUCCAGGCCGCGCGCGGCGCUGGGCAUCCUGGGACGGCUGGCAGAUGGCUCCUGCUCCCGCCCCUGGGCGUCUGCGCCCCUCUCCCGAAACUCCGGGCUUUCCGACCCAGAGCCAGGACCCGCCCAGCCCGGUCAGGCCGACCGAGUCCCGCCCCGGCCUGGACGCGCCGGCUCCGAGUGCGCAGGCGCACCGUCCUCGGUCCCCGUAGGGGCCCAAGCCGGGCGGGGUCGAGGUGCGCACGCGCAGUGCACGGGCCCGCGGGCCCGAUUCCCUGGUUGGGCUUGCAAGAUCCCAGCCCAGACUCCGUUUGGUUCUGUUUCCGUGAGGGCUUGUGACCUCUGCCGUAUCAUGAAGCAAAUGUCUGUCUCCGAAUAUGCAUUCUCCAAGGUUUCACCGUAUUGGCUCAUCCACAAUUCAGAGGGCGGAGGUAGCAUGGCCUCGCCCACAGGUACAUAGGUCUUGUUUGGUGGAAAUACCAACUCCACUCCUCUUCCACACUUUGCCCCCACGAAUUCCAGUCACUUCAUUUCCCCAAAACUGUUGUGUGUGUCAACUUAGCAAAUCGGUGCUCUGCCUUGGUUCCUCCUCUCUGCUCUGCGGUGUGUAGUGUGUCUUCCAAGGGAAAGCCA